GCCCCUACUGUGUGCCAGGCUGCAUGCUGGGCUCGGAGGACACUUCGAUGAACAAGGUCCCCCAGGUGUCGGGGCUUUAAAAGGUAAGGGCCGGAGGUCCUUCUUGGCGCGGGAGAGCUACCUCCCAGAACAAAGGAGACUUCGCCAGACCCAGACUGACGGGCCCUGUGUCCUCCUGGCUUGCCCGCAGCCAGCAUUGUCUAGUCUUCUGUCCUUUGGUUUACUGCCCACUUAGGAGCUAGGACCCCAGGUCAGACCCUAGGACGUGUGCCAGCUCCCAGCAGGAAGGUGGUCCUGGCAGAUGGGAGGAGGGGAAGCCCUUUGAACCCUAGCAGGCGUCGUCCAGCCUCGCAGGGGCCUCGCAGGCGGGUCCCGUAUGAGAAGCCAGCCCAUUGCCCCCACCAGGAGCCCUCACCCGGAGCCUGGGAGCCGACUCAGCUCCUUGGCAACAUGCUAAGGAAUUCAGUCGCUGAACACGCUCCCUUCCUCUCCCCUCCCACCGCCUGCCUGCUGCCUGCGGGGGCGAGCGAGGCAGAGGCAGUGGAGCCCGGUUAUAAACCGCGGCAGAGCUCAGGCAGCGAGGGGACAGCACCGAGCCCCGACGAGGGCCCCCACCGCCUGCCCCGGCACCCCCGGACCCCCUCGACCAUGGCUCUUCCACCUCUCUCGUGGCUGCUCCGUUUGACUGCCCUCUGCCCUCUGAUCGUGCUGCUGGCUGGACAGCACCACGGUGUGAAGAAGUGUAACAUCACGUGCGGCAAAAUGACCUCGGAGAUCCCCGUGGCUCGUCUAGUUCACUACCAACGAAAUCAAGAAUCAUGCGGCAAACGUGCCAUCAUCCUGAAGACCAUGAAGGAAAAGUUAUUCUGUGCUGACCCGCAGGAGAAAUGGGUCCAGAAAGCCAUGGAGCACCUAGACCGCAAGGCUGCUGCUCGGGCUCCGAAUGGCGGCACAUUCGAGAAGCAAAUCGGCGUGGGUGAGCCCAGGACCAGCCCAGCCACCAGGGGGAUGGACUGGUCUGAGGCCUCAGAGACCAAAUUCACAAGCGAAAGCAGUAGCCGGGAGACACAGAGGGCCUUCGGGACUUCCCCAGAGCUGCCACCAGUAGUGGCUGAUUCCAGGGGGACCAGGUCCCCCUCCACUUCAAAGACUCCGGAUGGAGGGCCCGAGACAACUGAGCUUUUCAACAAGCCUGCCGUCACCACCACCACGUCUUGGCAGAGUUCUACCGCCUACCAACCUGGGGCAGACCUCGAGGCUGACGGGAAAGCCUCUGAGGCCCCCUCCACCCAGGCCCCCGCCACCCAGACCCCCUCCACCCAGGCCCCCUCCACCCAGACCCCCUCCACCCAGACCCCCUCCACCCAGACCCUCCCCACCCAGGCCCCCUCCACCCAGGCCCCCUCCACCCAGGCCCUCACUAUUUCGCACACAGUCCCAGAGAACAACACUGGGUCCGAAGGCCAACCUGGGUGGAUCAAGGGACAGGACCCCACGCCAGAGAACUCUCUAGGGUCCAAAGAAUUGGGUCCCACUUCAGCUCACACGGAUGCUGUCAUGGGGCUCGGCAGCGUGUCCGAUGUCUUCGUGGUCCCUGUAUCCUCUGAAGGGGUCCCCAGCACGGAUCCACUGGCCUCUGGCAGCUGGACCCCCAAGGCCAAGGAGCCCAUUCACGCCACCGUGGAUCCCCAGAGGCUGGGUGUCCUCGUCACUCCCAUCCCCGACUCCCAGGCAGCCACCCGAAGGCAGGCAGUGGGGCUGUUGGCCUUCCUCGGUCUCCUCUUCUGCCUGGGGGUGGCCAUGUUUGCCUACCAGAGCCUUCAGGGCUGCCCCCGCAAGAUGGCAGGAGACAUGGUGGAGGGGCUUCGCUACGUCCCCCGGAGCUGUGGCAGUAACUCGUACGUCCUGGUGCCAGUAUGAGCUGCCCACCUGCCUGCAUCCAGUUGUUCAAUUCAGCUGCCUGGGGUCCCCCAUCCUCACACUCACCCUCACCCAGGAGUCUGGCCCAAGCUGGAAUGACUGGAGCGAGGAGGUGGGAUCCUCUGGGCGGAACCACCCCCAGCUCCUGGAGGCCACCCUUGACCAUCCUUGACCUACUGCGGACCGAGGGGGUGGCCUCCACAACUCACUCCAAUGUCCCAAGUCAGAGAACUCCCCUCCGCUGUUGGCUGGUUAGAGGGUCCCUCAGAUACCAUGCCAGCCCCAGUGAACAAUUAUUUAUUGAACUCCCGGCCCCUCUGACCCAUACCCCUGCGGGUACCACAGCCAUCCCUUCUUACCAACGAGGCUUAGGCCAGGCCCCUUCUCCCCACUCCCUCAGACCUCAUCGUGUCUCUCGGUCCCGCUGUGGUUGCCAGUCACCCCGGCCACCUGCGGUGCUAGCUCCCCUGACCCCUGUAUAGACCCCAUGCCCCAGCCGGGGGCCUGUCUUUUCUUGCAUGAGGCUAGUGUGGUGUUUCCUGGGACUGAUCCCGGCGAAGGAUCUGCCCUCAGGUAGGCAUCAUGGGAAUGGGAAAUGAAGUUAUCCAGUGGUUUUGAUUCCCACCCGCUGCCUUGCCCCGUCUGUGCUGUGAAGGAGCAUUGACUACGAGCAUGAAGGUCGGGGGCGUCUAGUCCCAGGCCCACCAGCAAUCCAUCAAGGCAUUCAUACCUCUGGUUUCCCACCUGUGAAAGGGGAGAGGGACAGCAAAUAUGUGGCAAUAGCCUGUAGCCCUGGCAGGCAUCACUAGUUGAUCCAGAGACCCCUUUCUGCAGACCCUGGGUGCAGCCUCUCAACCUUCAUCAGAAGAAAUGGUCUCUGCCAAUCGAUGAGACCGGCACUUCCAUGGACGCUGGGACCUGGAGGUCCUGCCCCGUUGUCAGCAGUGUGGGCCCCCUGGCGGGGGCUAGGCUGGGGUACUUGAGGCGCAGAGACCAACUUUGAAGGCCCCCCCUCCGGCCCCGCUGGCUUUGAGACGAGUGACAGGCUGAAGGAGGAGGGGAGGCCUGCAGGCUCCGAGAAAGGAGCCAGGGAGCGGCUGCAGCUCCUUCGCUUCUUCGUUAGGGACCCGAGUCAGGCAUUUUCUCUUUCUUUCCUGCUGCCUGGGUCCUCUUCCACCUCUCACGCCCUGAAAACACUGUCCUCUGCACUCUGAUUUCUUCUCCCCUCACCUUCAUCCGCCCCGCAGGCAGGGCCAGGAAUUUCCAUGAGAUCAGAAUCCACCAGGGAAAGCUGAGGUUCCCGUGUUUACUUCUGAAAGGGACUCUGUCUUGUGGGGAGGGACCAGCAGGGGAGGGAAGCUGUGGGCAUGAAGUCAGAGGUUCUCUUUUUGGCACUGAAGACUCGGGGCAGGCCUGGAUGGGGCCGAAGGCUCACCGGGCCGGCCAGCACCCCGCAGUCAGAGCCGGACCUGCAGGUCUCUCAGGUCCCUGGCGGCAGCUCCCCACCUCCCUCCGAUUGUCUCUGAUGGUGUUCUUUGCCCUCCACCAGAGGGGUGUCCCAUGGGCUAGGCUUCCCCCAGGUACAGGUGACAUGCUCCUUUGUAGACAGAUGCUGAGAGGAAGCACCCAGGGCUCCGGUCCACAGAGAGGGAAGCCGUGUUCCCUGCCGGCCUGGCUCUCCUGCACUCCCCUGCAGGUCAUGGCACAGGAUGUUUGGGCCUGGCUCCGGUUGGCGGCACUCUGACAGCUCAGAGAGGAAGACAGCGGAUCUGAAUGCACUUUUGGGGGCUUCUCUGGCCUGGGAGCCUUCAAGGGACGGGCACCCGUGAAGGGGCUCCCCUCUGUGAGAAAGCAGCUGGGGACAGCGUGUCCCCCUUCCACGGAUUUUGUGAGCUCCGCCAAGCAGGACAGGUACAAAGACAAUUUGGGGAGGACUUCAGAAGGAGUUGAUUGAUCCUUUUGCUUUUCCAACACUAUCACCAAUGUCUGUGCCAUUUUGUAUUUUACUAAUAAAAUUGAAAAGUCUUGUGAAUCAAAUAAAGUUGAUUUCCUA